UGGUAAUAGAAGGCUUGCUUCAGGUGCCUCGCUGAAUAACGGUGACCAUGAAAACCUUUUCAAGCGACUGCCGAUCUCUGCCCCUACAGGCCCAACCGCGAAAUAGUUGCACACGAGAGAGCAUACUCGUCAUCGGCACUGACUCCUAUGGUGAAAGACAGCAGUCAGCAGCAAAUGUUGCUGCUAUCUGUUUCGCAAUGUUGAAAUAUUGAUGUAUCUCAACUGGAAGCUGUCUCUUGUAGACAGCAUU